AAUCUCUUUCAGGUUUCAAAGCUGUCUCUGUCUCCAUCAGAGAACACAGUGUCCGUAGUACCGGACUGGUCUCUUCUCCCUGAAGAGCUACUCCACGUUAUCUCCAAGAAUCUGGAGGACAGUUUCGAUGUUGUUCAUGCUCGCUCUGUUUGCACCUUGUGGCGAUCCAUCUUACCCUUUCCUUCUUACCUAUCACGCCCAAGUUACUCUCUUCCCACACUCGAUAACAAAGGCUCGUGGAGCCUCGAGAAGAUCCCUCUCUUCCUCUUUAGACCCCAACGAGCUAUUGCUGCCGAGUCUGCUGCUUCAGAGUAUUUCUUGGGAGGGAUAGGAAGAGAUGAGUCAGAAGAGCUUCCAUCUUCUGAUCCAAGGUUGAUGAACAUGCUCGACUGCCAGAUCUUCCCUCUUGGCCAUCAGUACCGAAUGAUUGGUUGCGAUGCUAAAGAGUACAGAGGCGUGGCUGCUCUUCCGCUUAACAAGGAGGGAGGAGGACAUUUUGUUGUUCUCCUCAACUGCACUAGUGUUUUGAUGGUGUUAAGAAGUAAUGAAAUGAGGUGGAGGCGGUUUCAGACACUCUCAACAGCUACGUGCGAUGAUUUAGUCACUUUUAGAGGCAGGUUUUAUGCACUCUUUGUUAACGGAGACGUUUUCGGUUUCGAUCCUCAUUUCCUGGAACUGACUCCCCUGGUACGCUUGGAGCUUCUCAACAGUGCGUCAUCCACGUCUCUGGUUCCAUCUGGUGAUGAUGAACUUUUCCUGGUUGAGCAAAUCAUCCCUCUUAAUGGCAAUGCAUUAGACUUCGAUCGGUUAACGCUAAGAGUGUGUAGGCUAGAUGUGGAGGCUGGUCAAUGGGUCGUGGUCAAAGAUAUAGGAGACCGUGUGUUUAUUAUUGGAGACUUGGGAACUGUCUCUUGCUCAGCUAUAGAGCUCCCUGAUGGUUGUGGUGUGUGCGUGAACUCAAUUUUGUUUACUUAUGGGCCAGGCAACGUAACAUACUCCUACAAAUAUGAAGACGACCUCAACUGUUGGAGAUAUUCAAGAGAGAAACGUGUGACUAUCCUCAGCUUGUCACAAAUUUUAUUAAUUAAACUUAAAGCGCUACAACGUUUUCAACCGGAGGCAUGCUCGACGGUAAGAUGAACAUUAAUAACAUAAAAGCAAUAAAACAUAGGAUAGAAGUGUUACAAAGAGAGACUAGCUCAAAGUAGAGAAAUCUGCGGAUGAUCUUCACUUGAAUCCUUGAAACCACAGCUCGAGAGAGCUUUAAAUAGUCUAAAAAGACGUUGAAAUACCCUAGUGAAAGGGGUGGCAAACCGACUGAGUCUAGCACACCCGUCAAACGAAAGAGAACAGCUCUACAACCGUCUUUGUUGCCUCGGGAGACUAGGUGAAUCUCAAUACAUCCGUGUAGCAAAAAGAUCGGUAAGCAAGAUGGUGAAGCAGUUGAAACUCUUUUCUUCUCCAAUUCCAUUGGUGACCUUGACACUGAAACGAAAAACAUGGAUGACAUUGUUGGAGCUUGAGCAGCUGGGGUCAGAGACUUCAUUAGAGUAGCUUGGUCAGAGAGAGUUGAACCAUAAACUCCGGUUCUAGAAACCUCAUCCGGAAGAGCAAAGGAUGUCGUAACCAAAGAGAUGAGGCUCAUCGUGACAGUUAUUGGCUCGUUGGAAGUGACAGCGAACAUCGACUUCCCCAAACAAACAAUGACAAGCAGAAAUAAGUGUAUGAAUUGGACCUUUGGCUCAUGUGCAUCGAUGGUAGAACCGAUUGACAACUUCGACUUUGAGGUCGAGUUCACCUUCACAGAAACGCUGAAUAUGAUGAGAAGUGAUGAUAGAGCAGAGGUUUUAACCGAUCCAAGCCUUUGGACUUUGGCAUUACCGUACGAGAACCAAAAAUAUUUAAUCAAAU